CACGCCCCCGAGCCCGCCUACCACGCCCCCGAGCCCGCCUACCACGCCCCCGAGCCCGCCUACCACGCCCCCGAGCCCGCCUACCACGCCCCAGAGCCCGCUUACCACGCUCCGAAACACUAUGAAAAUGAGUACCCUGACGUGCCCCCGAAGUACAACUACAACUACGGCGUCGCCGACGGUUACUCCGGCGCCAACUUCGGCCACACAGAGUCCCGCGACGGCUACAAGACCGAGGGCAGCUACACCGUCGACCUCCCCGACGGCCGCAAGCAGAUCGUCACAUAUGUGGACAGCGGCGACGGUCUUGUAGCUGAGGUCACCUACGAGGGCGAGGCCCAGUACCCCGAGUACACCCCCACCUACAAGCCAGCUCCCACCGCCUACAGCCCCCCUACCCCUGCAUAUGCUUAAAUCACAGAGAUUCAAGACAUUGAAAAUUAUUUGUACAUUAUUUAGAACUUAUUUAUUUCUACAUGAAAUAAAGCUAUACUUUUUAUAUAAAUCAA